ACCUUGUUUCCUCAUUGUGGCUUCUUGCUAUCUUUGAAACCUUUACAAUGGCGCCAACUCCCUUUCCAACGAAUGAAGGCGCGGCUCCGGGAGCCAGCCAAGACGUGAUACUUAUUGUGAUUCUCCUGGGUGUCAUGCUUUUUUUCCUUAUCCGGAACAUUGGAAAGUUCUCGAGCUCUGGCAUGAAGGUGUCACGGGCGUCCAGGAAGGCCAGGGAAAGUGCUGAUGAAACCACAACUGCUGGAGAGGAGGAAGAGGAGGAGGAGGAGGAGGACGAGGGAGCAGAAACAAAGGAGGACUAAGGGUUUCCUAGGAGCAGCUGUAGUGGUGGUGCAUGGUGAACAGAAGCCACAUGUGCAGAGACCGGAAUGAUUUGGUUCCCAGCUGCUCACGAUGCUGGUUAAGCCAGGCCGUGUCAGGCACUGCUCAUCCAAGUGCCACAGAAGACCAAAUGUGCUUAUAGAUAGUGCUGUUCCCAGCUGCUCACGAAGCUGGUUGAGCCAGGCCGUGUCAGGCACUGCUCAUCCAAGUGCCACAGAAGACCAGAUGUGCUUAUAGAUAGUGCUAACCUUGCUCUGUCUAGCCCUUUCAUGUGCAUGUUACAUGUGCAUGUGUACAGCUGGUGCCUAUAGCCGCAGUCCAGUUGGUUGUUGCAAGUGGGUUGCCUUGAAUAUGGUCGCUUGACGCACGUUAUUAAGGAUUGCGAAGUGUACACGACGGUGCAGGGUGCAGUUUUGUACCAGUUGAGGUUUCAAGUGUCCAUAGGCAAGCCUGUAGGGAGCUUAUUGAAGUCAAGCGAAACAAUUUACACUUCUCUAGGAGAGAGGAAACUCCUUAACCACCCGUGUAACAAGUUGCGGGCCCA